GCUGAGCGACCCCCCAGGCUCUGCAUGGAUUGGAAUGGGGAAAGCUGCCUGCCGUAAGAGCCCCGGGCAGCUGGAGAGCCCCAGCUUCUUCCUUCCAGCGCUCUUCCUCCUCCUCCUCUUCUUCUGCAGCCAUGUUUCUUCCCAGUGCAAGAUCCUGCGCUGCAACUCGGAGUACGUGGCCGCCACCCUCAACCUGCGCGGCUCCGGCAGGACGGCGGCGUACUGCAACGCGCUCCGCUCCUACUCCCACUGCACCCGCAAGACGGCUCGCACGUGCCGGGGCGACCUGGCCUUCCACUCCGCCGUCCACGGCAUCGAGGACCUGAUGAUCCAAAACAACUGCUCCAAAGAGGGUCCCACGUCCCCCCCCCGGCCCCGACCCCCGGCUCCCAACCACCAGGGCUUCGAGUCUCUGGAUAUCUGCGACUAUGAGAAGAGUUUCCUCUACAAGCACGGCCAGCCCCCCAGCUACCAGCACUGCGCGGCUUUCGGGGACCCCCACAUCCGCACCUUCCAUGACGACUUCCACACUUGCCGGGUGGAGGGCUCCUGGCCCCUCUUGGACAACGACUACUUGUUCGUGCAAGCCACCAGCGCCCCGGUGGCCAAGGGGUCCAACGCUACGGUCACGAGCAAGCUCACCAUCAUCUUCAAGAACAUGAAGGAGUGCAUCGACCAGAAGGUUUACCAGGCCGAAAUCGGCAACCUGCCCGCCGCCUUCGAGGAUGGCUCGGUGAACGGCGGCGAGAGGCCGGGGGGCAGCAGUUUGGCCAUCCGGGAGCUCAGCCCCGGGCGGCACGUGGAGAUCCGAGCCCAGUACAUCGGCACCACCAUCGCCGUCCGCCAGGCCGGCCGCCAGCUCUCCUUCUCCAUCCGGGCGGCCGAGGAGGUGGCGAGCGCCUUCACGGAGGAGCAGGACCUGCAGCUCUGCGUGGGGGGCUGCCCCCGCAGCCAACGCAUCUCCCGCAGUGAGUGCUGCUCUCGUAGCCGGGGGGCGGCCGAGGAGGCCCGGGCGCUCUGCAAGGAGAUGCUGCCGGUGGAGGACGUCUACUUCCAGUCCUGCGUCUUCGACGUGGUGACCUCCGGGGAUGCCAACUUCACCAUGGCAGCCCACGGAGCCCUGGAGGAUGCCAGGGUCUUCCUGCCCGACGCUGAGAAGCUGCACAUCUUCCAGGCUGGGGCGGGCUGCCCGCACGCCUCUCCUUCCUUCCUCCUCCUCCUCCUCCUCGCUGCUUGUCUUUGGGUUCUUCAGUCGCACUUUUAAGUCCUGCUGGCCACUCGCCACUGGCAUGGAGUACAGAGCAGGGGUAAGACGAGAGCGCUGCUGACUCAAGGCCCAUGCCUGGCAGAUCAAGAGAGAUGCCUCGUCUCGGAUCAGGUAGCUCUGCAGCGAGAAGGAAUCGGAGCCCCAGACCUUUGGAGAGGGGAGCGCCGGAGGCAGAAGUCGCCAAGACUCCAGGUUGUCUCCGCUGCUCCUGCACGCAUGGCACCGGCAGAGCCUCGCGCCUCUCAUCCCCGUUUUUUAUGUUGGAUCCUGGUGUGGGUUUUCCUAAAGGUGAGGAUAUCGCGGCUGUACCAAAGAAAGAGAAACAGGCAGGGUGCAGGCGUGCUCGGACAGCCUCUGCCCCUCCAAGCCUUGGGUUUGAGAACAGGGGUUUGGGUUUGACCCUGGCAAGACACCGGUCCUCCCCGUCAGCCUGCUUUCCGCAGCCCCUCCAGCACUGCUACACCCGGCAUCAGCUCAGGGACCGCACAGGUUCAGCACUAACAAAGCCCAGAUCCCAGUUUCUACCAGUCAAAAAAUGUCUUCAGGUGGAUUUGGGGCCCCUCCACACCGCAGCUGCUGAAGUCACGUGGAGCAAGGCAAUCAGACGGUUAUCGGAGUGAUAUGACCGAGCUCUGAGGGUUGUUUUUUUUUCCACGAGAGCUGGAUUUGACCCUGCCGUACGGAGCCCUCCUUUCUCCGGGCUGGUGCCACUGAUUCCCAGCCCUCUGCGGUCGCAGAGCCUCAGGUCUGCGCCAUUUCAAGCUCCUGUUGCUAUUUUUCUUUGUUGUCUUGGCACCUGUCUAGGACUCGAUAUAGCAAGUUCUGGACUUUGGACCAGCGUUGAGUUUCAGGGAGAAAAAAAUACCACUCGGCAUUCCUCUCCUUUGGGCCCAGCUCACAUCUAGCCAAGACUUCAGUUCAGGUUUGACUUGUAAAGGAGAACUGAUAACAAAGCCACCGAGCUGGCAAAAAGCCCUGCGGAUGAACUGGUGGGCAGGGGAACUAUUCGCAGAUGUACAUAAACACGGAGGUGAGGCCAAAUGAGAUGUUUAAUAUAUUUAAGAGGUUUUAAGUAAAGCAGAGCUUCUAUAAGUUAAGAAAUAUUUUCCAUAGGCAUUUUUUUUUUAAUGAAGAGGACUCAUUAAACCUUUGCCAUCCCUGUCCCACGAGCGCCUUGCAAAGCCCCAACCUCGCAGCCCUGGGGCAGGAUUUGGGCUGGGGAAGGAGAACGGCAAACCACCAGGUGAGGGGGAUGCAGAAAGCGAGGUUUGCAAGUCACAUUUCGGUGCACCCCCAGCUUCUUUGGUCCAUUUUUGUUUUUUUUACCUCUGCCUCUUCCACCAGCAGUGAAUGCAGAGAUGUUUCUUAGCCCUAUCGGCAUGAUUUCCUCCUCCACCACAGCCUCGAGGCACACGGUGACUAGCGUGAGAGUUUCUCUGUUCCUUGUGCGCUGCUCUCGCUAAUCCCUGAGCGUUUUGACAUUAAAGGUGUCUAUUUUUGAAGUCCUCA